CACGUGAUUAUCUGCGCAUCGGCUGCACAUAUCUAAUGCAUCUACGCGUUCUGCGAAUAUCAAUUGAGAGUCAAUAUGUGCCUGGCAGUCAAGGUCACCGCGACUCGCUACUGUAAGCCAUGUGUGUCCAAACAUCACCGCCACCUUUUGGGGAUCAGGCUGGAUCGAUUCAUCUGGCACCCCGAAUCUGAAGGGGCUCAGCGGAAUGUUGAACUUAGAUGGACAUCAGCUUAUAUCAGAACCACCACAGAGGCGACGGGAGUAUCAACAAGCCCCGAGGUACGGGGGGGAUGAUUUGCGCUGCGCAAAGUACAGGGUGGGUACGACCUGAACAGUAAAGUGAUGGGAGGUCGCAAAGAGCCUCAGCGCGCCUGCGAUGCCAGCCAUGCAGCGCGAGAAGCCAAAGCGUCAUCCGUCCAGUAGCUGGUGUGACUUUCCAGUGACAACACUUGACCGCCAGUUCAAGACCAUGGAGGGAGGGGUACGUAAACACGAGCAAUGCACGCUAGCAUCACUACUGCUGAUCUUACCGGUGCUAUGUCGCCUCUUCAUAAAAGCACGCCCCGUUCUCGUGGCUCUGCGCAGCUGUUGGUGAUUUCCGUUGAAGCUGGGCAAACAACCCCUGCGUCUUUAGUGACGACUUGCCAUAUUUUCGGAGUGGGUGCUAGCCUCAAGUUGCCACACCCGCCUACUCUCAUCGAUGGGCGUCGCCUAGUACGUUGCCAGCGACUGCUCCGAAGUACGACUUUAGGGUUUGAUGAAGUGCGUUGCUUCGACGUUCGUUAGUGUCCACGCUUGAAUGAUGGGUGCCAUGACCACGCUCGGGAGAGACCAAAGUUCUCGGUGCGCUCCUUUUUGCCCGCAAAACAAUGUGCAUCCUGUGGUGGCUAUUUGGAAAGUGCUGAUCCCGUAGCUCCAAAAGUGUUGAUGUUUUCACAGGGGGCAGCCCAGGAAAGGCUUAUCAGCGACAAAACCGUUCCAGUGACGCUGACAAAAAGAUACUGGCGUCGCGCGAGGAAUCAUAUGGCGCUGCUUUGUGUCCGACCUGCGUCAACCGUCGCGUUGGUUCGCAGUACACAAGACGAGCGCCUCUAUGCACACUGGUGGGCUUCUUAGUACAUUUGAGUCCCAGCUGGAGAAAAUCCGCAAGUGCUCGGGCAGCCUGACGUCCUGCAGAGAGCAACGUAAUCUUUAUCGCCGGGCUCAAACGCUUUAGUGUACGAGCGCCAAGAGGGAGUUCCGCUGGUGCCUUCACUGCAGCACAGGUUGAGCGAUAGAUCCAUGGGCUAC